GUUCAAUACUUAUUUUACCCACUGUUCCAAGUGUCUUUUGAUUUUAAUUUUGAUUGUGGCCUACAGCUUAAAAACAUCGAAAAAGCAUAUCUCAAAAUAUUUGAAUAUUUCAUUUCCAUGUUGAGAAAAUUACUUUUUAUUCACUAUAAAUACCACAAAUCUCCCAAUCAGGUUCAGUACACACUACCUCAAUCAUGGGGAAAACUUCUGACAUGACGGUUGUCCAGAAGACACUCAUUGCCACCCUUCAUAAGCCACAGAAGAUCAUUGCUGAAAGGGCUGGCUGUUCAUAGAAUGUUGUAUAAAAGCAUAUUCAUGGAAAGUUGACUGAAAGGGCAAAUUGUUUUAGGAAAAGGUAAGCGAGCAACAGGGAUUGUAGACUGUAUCCUUGAGAAAAUUGUCAAGCAAAGCCGAUUCAAGAACGUGGGGGACUUUCACAAGGAGUGGACUGAGUGCAUUGAGAGCCACCACACACAGACUUGUCCAGGAAAUUGGCUACAAACCCUAGUGUCAAGCCACUCCUGAACCAGAUGUCAGAAGCAUCUUACCUGAGCUAAGGAGAGAAGAACUGGAGCAUUACUCAGUGGUCCAAUGUCCGCUUUUCAGAUGAAAAGAAAUUUUUGCAUUUAACUUGGAAAUCAAGGUCCUACCUGAACUGAACCCUAUAGAGAAACUAUGGAGAAUUGUCAAGAGGAAGAAGAGAGACAACAAACCCUGCAAUACAGAUGAGCCGAAGGCCACUAUCAAAGCAACCUGAGCUUCCGUUACACCUCAGCAGUGCCACAGUUUGAUUGCCUCCAUGCCACACUGCAUAGAUGCACUUAAUAUUUGGUAAGAGCCCCAGCCAAAAAUUAAGUGCAUAAAUGAACAUACAUUACUCAGAAGUUUGACUUUUCUCAAAGUCAAAGAAGCUUUAUUGUCAUUUCAACCAUAUAUACUGUAGCUGAUGCAGUACAAGGUGAAAUAAAACAACGUUCCUCCUGGAUCAGAGGUGCUAUACAGAACAAAAACAGAAGACAGGGUGAUGCUAUUCAUUCAAGGUUAAAAUCCUUUUAAACUAAACAUACAACAUAAGUGCAGAGGAUGAAGAGACAAACAAGACACAACACCGACUGUGUGCAAAAAAUAGUGUUAGACAGUGAGUGCAAAAAAGAAACAGGGUUAAAGUGACUUGUGCAUGUGUGUCAGUUGUGUGUGCGUGUCCAACUCAGUUCAGUUCUCUGUUGAGACACCUGAGGUAAGAAGAUGUUCAACAGUCUGGUUGUGUGAGUCCGAAAGCUUCUGUACCUUUUUCUGGAUGGCAGAAGGGUGAAGAGUGUUUGUGUGGGGUCAUUCACAAUGCUGUUUGCUUUGCGGAUGUAGCAUGUGGAGUAUAUGUCCGUAAUAGAGGGAAGAGAGACUCCGCUGAUCUUCUCCGCUGUCCUCACUAUCCAUUGCAGGGUCUUGCUAUCCGAAGCGGUGCAAUUCCCAAACCAGGCAGUGAUGCAGCUGCUCAGAAUGCUCUAAGUCGUCACUCUGUAGAAGGUGGUUAGGAUGGGUGGUGGAAGGUGAGCCUUCCUCAGCUUUUCCAGGAAGUAGAGAUGAUGUUAGGCUUUCUUGGUGAUGGAGCUGGUGUUGAGUGACCAGAUGAGGUCCUCCGCCAGGUGAACACCAAGGAAUUUGGUGCUUUUGACGAUCUCCACAUUAGACCCGUCGAUGUUCAAGGGAGAAUGGUCACUCUGUGCUCUCCUGAAGUCAACAACCAUCUCUUCCAUUUUCUCCAUGUUCAGAGACAGAUUGUUAGCUGCUGCACCUCCUCUCUGUAUGCUGACUCAUCGUUCUUGCUGAUGAGACCCACCACGGUUGUAUCAUCGGUGAACUUGAUGAUGUGGUUCGAGCUGUGCAUUGCUGCACAGUCAUGAGUCAGCAGAGUGAAAAUCAGUGGGCUGAGCACACAGCCCUGAGGAGCUCCAGUGCUCAGUGUGGUGGUGCUGGAGAUGCUGUUCUCAAUCUGGACUGACUGAGGUCUCCUAGUCAGGAAAUCCAGGAUCCAGUUGCAGAGGAUGAACAGCAUUCACACAUAAGCGUCUUUAUCAUCCUGGUCUGUGAGGGCCAGAUGGAGGGUUGUGCUGAUGGCAUCAUCUGUGGAGCAAUUUGGGCGAUACACAAACUGCAUGGGGUCUAGUGAUGGUGGCAGCAGGUUAUUGAUAUGCCUCAUGACGAACCUUUUGAAGCACUUCAUGAUGAUAGGUGUGAGUGCAACGGGACGGCAGUCGAUGAGACUGGACAAUGGAGACUUCUUCAGCACGGGGAUAAUGUUGGUGGUCUUGUUGGGACGAUGGUGCUGCUCAGGGAGAUGUUGAAUGAAGAGAUGUUAGUGAAGACAUCCGCUAGCUGCUCUGCACAUUCCCUGAGUACUCUGUCUGGCCCAGCAGCUUACUGUGGGUUCCUCACGUCGGCCGUGGUGAGACAGAGCACCUGGUCCUAUGGAGGAGAGAUGGUCUUCCUCACUGUCACAUCAUUCUGUGCCUUGAACCGAACAUAGAAGUUGUUCAGUGCAUCUGGAAGGGGGGCAUCACUGUCACAGCCAGGUGAAGCUGUUCUGUAGUUGGUGAUGGAAUGAAUGCCACAUGCUGUCACCGCUGCUCUGGAAGUGGCUGUGGAUUCUCUGGGUGUGUGCACACUUUGCCUCCCUGAUGGCUUGAGACAGUUUGGCUCAUGCUGUUCUUAGGGCGUCCUUGUUUCCUUGAGUCCUUGGAUUUUAGCAGCGCACGCACCUACCGGUCAUCCAUGGUAUAUAUAAAUAAUUUCUUUGAUUAUCUUUUGAAAAAUUCAAAUAUUUUGAGAUACUGGAUUUUUGUGUUCAUGAUAUUCAAAUUUUACCUUUCAGAUACAUUUUUUCAGAAAAUGAAAAACAAAAAGGUUUGGUAUGAAAUAGUGUCUCAUUAUUAAAAGAAAAGCUACAUUAUGUAUUAAACAUUUGUGACUGUGAACAAGAGUAUGAAUAAAUGUUUCAUAAUCCUGUCAAUGUAUGUAUUUAUUUAUUUAUUUAUUUAUUUAUUUUUACAGUAUAUUGAUUUGCUGUAUUUGCUUUUUUGUAUCACAGAAGGCUUUAGUUUUAAUUUUAACAGCAUUCUACAACUGGCUAGGGUAGUGUAUGUUUUUUGUUGUUCAGUUUCCUGUAAUUAUAUCCUGCUAAAGCAACACAUGAAAUCGAAAAUUGUGUUUUUGAGAGGGGGAGCAAAAGUGUAUAUUGGCUUCUAUGAUUUUUCAUAGCCUAACCUCAGUAUUUAAUAAUACUUUUUUUUACAUUUUUGUGGAAAAGAUUUGCUUAGGCAGAUGUAUAUGAUUUGAUUUGAAAAUAUGCUGACCUGGCCCUGGUCUAGAUUUUUUCAACAGGUGGAGAAAUUGAAAGGGGAUCUUGAUGAGGCUCGGCUUCUUGAGAAACAGCUGAGACAUAAUUUGGAGUUACAGUCUCAUCUUUUAAUCAGCAAAACUGAGGAGAUUCGCAAAAUGUCAGAAUGUGCCCAUGACACUAUGUCUUCAGAGGUCUUGGAGCUACAAAUUCAGAAGAUGGAUCUGGAAUCAUCUAUGGCUGCCUUACAGCAGAAGCAUCAGGAAUUGCAAUACAAAGAACAGCAGCUGGAGCUGGCUAAUUGUAUCCUUCAGAGGCAACUAGAGACACUUGCAAAUACAAAGGAUGAAGGCGAGAAAGAAAUUGCAUCACUCUACAAUGCUUUGGAGAAAUCCAGGAAAGCCAACCAGGAUCUUCAGAUACAAUUGGACCAGGUGUUGCAUCAUGCACAGGAUCCAAACAGCAAAGGCAAUUCAUUAUUCUCUGAGGUAGAUGACAAGCGUGCAGAAAUAGAGAGACAGUUAAUCAGUUUGAAAGUACAGUACCAGUCUCUUCAAAAGCAGCAUACUUUUACCAAACAGCAGAUGCUUCGCAUGAAGGUGCAGAUAUCUAAUGUAAUGCAGCUUCAGGGAAUUAGAGCUGACCCAGCCCAGAUUGAGCGAUUACAGUUCAUGUUGUCGGAGAAGAACAGUGAGAUAGAAACCUUGAUGAAGAAAGUGCAGCAGUUGGAGAAGGUAGAGGUGGCAAAUCAUUCCAUUGGUGUCUCCAAGGAAACUGAGCUUGUGGAUGAGACAUACUACACAGAUCUCUUGAAAAUGCAGCUCUCAAAUUCUAAGAAAGUUGCAGAGCAACUAAAGGUGGAAUUAACCAUGGCAAGAAUGAAAACCCUUUCUGAGAGUCAUAGGGUCCUUGAAUUGGAAAGAAAACUCUUUGCAGCAGAGAAUGCUCUAAAGCAAGGGCGCACUGAGCUUAUCAAGAUCCAAGUGAAAAUUGAAGAACUCCAGAUGAAAUAUGAGCCUAAUGAGGUGAGAAAGGCACAGUCUCAGAACUGCAAGCGAGAGAAAUUUCCAGUACCUGAUGGGUCUGACCAUAGCAACAUGGAAACUCUAGAUCUGAAGACCGAGCCAAGCAAGAAUAAGGCAACAAAUGGAGAAGCCCUCCCUUGUGCCUCUGACAAUGGAAUUUUGACCCCAAUGCAGUUAUUCCAAGCUCCAAACUGUAGCUCUGUCUUGCUUUGUGAGCCUAAAUGUGUUCGCAUCUGUGAGAAUGCCCCAGUUUCUAUUCCUGAUUUCUCAAGGUCUUCAGUGAAAGAUACCAUUAGCACAGCAAAACAUAAAACGAUUAACUGGGAUGAGGAAGAAGACUGCAAAUCUGAAAGGUGCAAGAUGUAUGAAGCACCUGUUCAUGUUGAUUCAGAGAACACUAUGGAAAGACAGUGUGCUCAACAGUAGAAGUCUUAGAAGUACAUAAUUGCUAAAAAUUUGCUAAAAUGUCUAUAUUUUUAAAUUCCAUUAGACAAUAAAUGUUAACAGGCAACAACUUGUGAUGUGUUGCAGUGUGUUUUUAAUGUACAUAUUCAUGUACA